AUGGAGAACACAACUGCUACUGCUAAUAGUUUAAAUACUGGACAUACUUUGGCAAGUGCUGGUGGCGGAUUUACCUCAUGGAAUGGCCCUACUGCCGGUGCAUCUUCGCGAACUGCACAAUUUGGAGCACCCGACUCUGCAAAGUUGUAUGAAACAUCGGCAGUAUCAUCCACUGGUGAUGCUUCUAAACUGAUUUCAAGACUAGACGCCAGCAAUAUUGGUAACUCGGCUUUGAGAACCAACCGUUUGCCUGGAGUGACUACGUUCACAACUGCUCUGAACAGAGUUAAUGGCCAUGGACAUUCUUCAGCUCCUGUGUCACAUUUGUUGACUCCUACACCAUCUAUUGUAGAGUCUUCUGGUAAGCGUUCAUCUAACAUUGCUAACGUUAUGAACGGCACUAAUACCACCUCCAACCAGUCGGUAUCGCCACCGUCGAAUCCUCUACUGCCUGUAUCACCACACCCACCAUCUUCGGCGAUACACCAGUCGCCACAACAGUCAUCUGGACAACAGUUCCAGCCCCAUACCCAGCAUCCUCAGCAUCCUCAGCAUCAACAACCCCAACAACAGCAUCAGCAGCAACACCAGCUGCCACCACCUCAACAGGAACAUCAACAGCAGUUACAAUCACCUAUUGCGGCAAUUGUUCCAGCACCAGUCAACGACCAUGUGGCACAGCAACAACAACAACCGCAGCCUCUGCUCUCAGCCCAACAUGGUGGAACUGUUAUUGGAACUCCAACCGCAUCCGGUGGUCAGUCUGAGCCUGCCUCGGUCUCUGGCUCUAUCUCUGCAGUUUCAAGUCCCAGUCCCACUUCGUCCGACAAGGGAGACGAUUUGUCGGAAAAGGUCAUGGCGAGACCCAAUCGCAACUUGUCGCAAUCCAAAAGAGCCAUUCAAAAUAGAACUGCUCAAAGAGCUUUUAGACAAAGAAAGGAACUUUACAUCCGUGAUUUAGAGCAGAAGGUCGAAGAACUCAAGCAAGCCCAUAAGACCAUUUCAGAGCUUCGCGAAGAGAACACCGACCUUAGAGACUAUAUUCUGGCCCUCCAGUCGAGAUGGGUCAAUGAGCCCGGAGUGCCCACGCCACCUGCUGUAUACAAGUUGUUCCGACGCGGACUUCCCGAGUUCAAGAGCAGUGACAACAACGGUGCUGCUAGACCAACCUCCCCCACGGGCGGACACUUCCACCCAUAUGCUCGCCACGACCAGCCCAAAACGGACUCGUCACACUCCACUGGCGGUCCAACCGGCGAGCAGAACUAA